AUGGAUGAGGAAGAUGCUCGUGAGGUCGAGCUCUCGACCAUCACCGCUAUCUACCCGGAGGAACUCAGAGUCGAUGAAAAGAACCCUUACGCCUUUACCAUCGAGCUUCCUGUCAGCCUGGGGAAGCCUGUGGCGGUCAAGUUCCCGGCCGCCUCUGAGGCCGCAGUGCCCGUUACGCUUCAAGACAGCAUACCAACAGGCCCCUCUGAUGGCCUCCUGGUAGACUCACAAGAGCUAUCCAAUCUGCCGUCCCUGCAGAUCCAGAUAUCCCUCCCAGAGGGCUAUCCUCACAGCAAACCUCCAUGCGUCCGAAUAUCGACCACGCCACCAUGGCUACCAGAGAAUGUCAUCAUCAAGCUUGAGGGAAAUGCGGAGAAGCUAUGGGAAGAUAUGGGACGGGAUCAAGUCAUCUUCACCUAUGUCGAUGAUGUGCAGCAGUCCGUAGAUGAUGUGUUUGGCUUGGUUGGCAUGGACAACACACUCGAGGUUGGGCCGGAGCACAAGAUUGCCAUAUUAGAUUAUGACAUAGAGGCAAAGCGCAAGGCGUUCCAGAAGAGCACAUUCGAUUGUGGUAUUUGUCUAGAUCCAAAGAAGGGCUCAGUCUGCCACCGCAUGCUUGACUGCGGACAUGUAUUCUGUAAACAAUGCCUACAAGAUUUUUACAAUAAUGCCAUCACGGAAGGUGACGUCGCUUCAGUCCAAUGUCUGGAGCCCAACUGCGCCAGCACUCGGGAGAAGGCAGCCCGGGCAACCACACCCGGGAGGAGAAGAAAACCAAAGACUUUCAUCAGUCCUAGCGAGCUGCUGCAAAUUCCUCUUGACCAAGACAAGGUCAAACGGUACGUGACAUUGAAGCACAAGGCAGAGCUCGAGUCGGACAAGAAUACGGUCUAUUGUCCACGUUCAUGGUGCCAAGGUGCAGCUCGGUCCAAGAAGCACAAAAAGCCUGAAGGCCUGGAGUUUGCGGAAGCCUCAGAGGAUGAAUCCGAUCAAGAGGAUACGGCUGGGGCCGUUGCGGGCGCGGACGGCAAGAAGACAAAAGAGCCAGCUAGCAAAGACCUGCUGGCCAUCUGCGAAGACUGUGGCUUCGCCUUCUGCUCGCGGUGUGGUCAGUCCUGGCAUGGCGAGUUCAAAUAUUGCAUCCCAAAGGAGCGCAAAGACGAGAUCACGGAAGAGGAGAAGGCGUCACUCGAAUAUCUCCAGAUGCACACAACCCCCUGUCCCACCUGUGCCGCACCUUGCCAGAAGACUCAGGGUUGUAACCAUAUGAGGUGCUUCAGGUGCCAGACGCACUUCUGUUACCUGUGCAGCGCCUGGCUCAACCCCGAGAACCCUUACCAGCACUUCAACACCCAACCUUCAGGGGAAGUCAACAGUUGCUAUAUGAGGCUAUGGGAACUCGAGGGCGGAGACGGAAAUGAUGUUGGCAUGGCCUAUCAAGGAGGACAGGCUAUCCGUAAUCCAAACAUUCGGCCAGGUCAGUAUGGAGAGCACUUGGAGAUUGUACAGGGCGGUCGCGAGGACGAGGAUAGCGAUUCAGAGCUAGAUGAAGAAGAGCAGGUCGGUAGGCCAGACGCUGCAGCAGCACCACGACCGCUGCAGGAACCCGUGCAGGGUCAACAGCCUGAUAGGAGAGUUGCAAUCGCCCGUGAAGGCCCGCUGGUUCUACGGAUCGAGGGUAACGCUCCGCCGGGACGAGGUAGGCAGGCACACCGUCAACCUGCUGCUGCACCACCUGCACCUGCACCUGCACCUGCGCGUGGAGGGGGUCGACAGGCGGUGAACGGCGGCCAGCGCGGACGCGGGAGAGGAGCAAGAGGCAGAGCAGCAGCACCAGGCGGCGCAUUUGCUGUUCGGCAAAACAACAACAAUGGGGUGCAAGGGCAGCAGAACCAGAGGGCAAACAGGGACGGCCGCAACAACGGCCAGCCUGUGGAGCAUGAUGAGCCUCUUGGGCAGGCCCUGAACCAAGCCGACGAGGUCUGGGUUCGCCACUUUGUCCAGCUUGCGCUCAAUGACCAAGAGCAUUUGAUUGAAGGAGACAGCGGCGAUGAGGACGAUUAA